CAAACGUAUGUCAGAUGUUAAAUAGACCAGUGAUGACAUAAAUUCGCCUCCGAACUGCAGUCUGCAAGCGGCUGCUUAGAUUCGACUUGUAGCCGUAGGGUUGCGCUGUGGGUCGACUGACUGCCUUGAGACCCCGCGUGCCACGUAGUAGCCUUCUUCUCGCGCAGGGCCGUUUACGUUUUUAGCCACGGAUACCGCUCAACCUAUGCAAGACAUGAUGCUUCAAACAUCCUGGUUGGGUUAAGCUCGCACACGAACGUGAUGCAUUGACUGUGGAGUCAAAUGUAGCGUGCUUUCCUGUGAGCAGGCGGUGGAGCAGCAGUGGUCAUCAUGAGUCCGCGUGUGUGUGCGUCGUGCGGGGGCACAGACAUCGAUGUGGACCAGGCGCGGGGCAACGCUGUGUGCAUGGGCUGCGGCUCCGUGCUGGAGGACAACAUCAUCGUCUCCGAGGUGACCUUCGUGGAGAGCGGAGGAGGCGGAGUCUCAGCAGUCGGACAGUUUGUCGCCUCUGAUGGUUCUGGUCCGACUCCUUCCCUGGGCCGAGACUACCACAUGGGGACAGGAAAAGAGUCCCGCGCUCAGACACUGCAGAACGCGAGGCGUCAUAUCAACCAGCUGGGCCACCAGCUGCAGAUGAACCAGCACUGUCUGGACACGGCGUUCAACUUCUACAAGAUGGCGCUGUGCAAGCACCUGACCCGCGGGAGGAAGAGCGGCCACGUCAUCGCCGCCUGCCUCUACCUCGUCUGCCGCACCGAGGGCACCCCACAUAUGCUGCUGGACCUGAGUGACAUUCUGCAGGUGAAUGUGUAUGUGUUGGGCAGGACCUUCCUGGUGUUGGCCCGAGAGCUGUGCAUCAAUGCUCCUGCUAUAGACCCAUGCCUGUACAUUCCUCGGUUUGCGCAGCUGUUGGAGUUCGGCGAGAAGAACCAUGAUGUUUCCAUGACGGCGCUGCGUCUCCUGCAGCAGAUGAAGCGUGAUUGGAUGCACACAGGCCGCCGCCCCUCAGGCCUUUGUGGAGCAGCUCUGCUUGUUGCGGCCCGUAUGCAUGAUUUCCGUCGGACAGUGAAGGAGGUGAUCAACGUGGUCAAGGUGUGUGAGGCCACUCUCAGGAAGAGGUUGACUGAGUUUGGGGACACGCCCACCAGUGAGAUGACUAUUGAUGAGUUCAUGAGGGCGGACCUGGAGAAGGGGGGGGAGUGUGACCCGCCCUCCUACACCGAGGGGAAGAGGAGACAGCGCCUCCAACAGCUGGAGGAGAAACUGGCAAAGAAACUGGAUGAGAUGGAGGAUGAGGUGUUCUGUUAUCAGGAUGAGAUUGAUGGGGAAUUGGAGAGCUGCAGACCCAAACCGAGAGGGAGAUACGCCACUAGCAGCAGAGUGGACUCCUCGGUGCAGUCAGACCAAGGGGAGGAGCCUGAGGACGAGGCGGAGCUUCGUGAGGCGGCCCGUUGCCUGGCGAUGCGUCAGCUGACGCGGGAGUCUGGCGAUGAGGAUGAGGAAGAUGAUGAGGAGGAGGAGCGGGCGGCGCCUCUCAGACGGCCCUCUGUCGCCGCCCUGCUGGGCCCUCUGCCCACUGCAGCCAGCCUCGGCCUCCAGGACUCCAUCAGCAAGUGCCUCGGGGACGAGAAGGAGAACCAGGAGGAUGCUUCAUCAGAAAGUGGAGAACUGGACCUAAGUGGUAUUGAUGAUGAGGAAAUUGAGCGGUACCUCCUAAAUGAGAAGGAGGUGAAGAUCAAGACGGCCAUGUGGCUGCAGCAGAAUGCUGACUAUCUGAAGGAGCAGAGAGAGAAAGAGGAGAGAAUAGCAAAAGAGAAAGAGCUGGGCAUCUACAAGGAAAAGAAGAAGACUCGUAAGGCUCCACGGCGGCAUGCUCCAAUCCAGGCGAGUUCUGCGGACGAGGCUAUCGAGAAGAUGCUGGAGCAGAAGAAGCUCUCGCUCAAGAUCAACUACGACGUUCUGAAGGACCUCAACGUGAAGGGCCCCAAGAGCCCCGCACACACACCCGCACACACACCCACGCGCAGACCCACACACACACCCGCCCCCUCCCCCUCCCCCGCCCCGACAGCACGUGGACGCAGGCUUGGACUCACCCCCUCACUGGGCAGCCAGAUCAGCAGCCUGGGGAAGAGGUUACGACCUCUGGUGUCUGCUCUACCUGCGAAGAAGCUGGCCCUUGAUGAGCUGGUACCUGGCGGUGCACUACCGGCGCCCCCUGUGGCUGUUGCGGGCGCUGCGGUCAGCCAGUCUGGUGUGGUGGUGGAGAGCGGACCAGUGGCCUACGAGGACGCGGCCGAGGAAGAGGAAGAGGAGGAAGAGGAGCCCUGCGUCAGCGCCAUGCAGCUACUGGGCGGCAGCGAAUAUGGCUGUGAUGACGAUGAUGAAGGCUAUUAAUAGCGAAGUGUGUUUUGUGUGUG